GUGGUAGCGAAGUUGGAGGAGAAAAUUGUGGAGUGGCAGAAAGAUUUUGUCCUGUUGGAACAGGAAAAAGAUUAAAGAAGAAAAACAGAGGACUUAGUUUAGGAAAGAAACCAAGCCCAGGCCAUGUUGGCCAAUACUCUUGA